AUGCUUCUGCACUACAGGUUAUGGCCCUAUAUAACUUCCGCUGCACUACGUCACUCUAAUUCAAGACAUUUUUCUCUUGUGCUUCCAUCUUUGCCCUACCUUUCUCACGUACGCGCAGCAACUCACGCACUCGAAAUGUCAGAAUUACUAAAGCCCUCUAUCGAGGCAAAGCCUACAUCUAAUGACACUAUUGUGCCUGAUUAUGUGCAAAUAAAUAACAUCAUAUUUGCUACAUCAGACGAUGUCAAAACUUCCUUAAAGGAAGUCCAAAGAAAAACAGAAGUUUGGACACUGACAGAACGACUCGGUAACAUUGAGAAAAUAUGUACUAUUCCGAAACUAACAUCAUCGAACUGGAACUCCUACUUUGAAUCAAUAAAACGGCUAAUUUCUGUCACAGAAACAGCCUGCGUUUUCCUUCCUGUUACACCAUCUACUAAGGCUAUCAUAAUAUGGUCUGCGUGGUGGGCUGCUAAAUUAAAAGAAUCAGCUUCACACAUCAAGAUAAAUGACAAUGAAACUCCUCUCUUUGUUUUAACCACCAUCGUCAGUCAAACACAGGCGGCGAUGCGCUCAAACUUAAUUGAAAUCAUUAAUAGAUUUUGGACUUUUCAGCCCAGCAACAACAUGUCGCUAUCGAAGUUUUUUGUAGAAUAUGAAAUACGUCUAAAUGAGUUCAAGCAAAAUAACACGAUUACUCCGGAAUUGAAACGUCAAAUGAAGUACUUACUAUUAAGUAGUAUACAAAAAUUGGACUCUAACCUUGCAAUUCGAUGUCGAAACUGUUCGUUUGAAGAGCUUCUUGCUGAAUGUUAUCAAUACAAAAGAUGCUACUCUAUUCUUCCCCAAAUGUAA